AUGGACAAUCAGGAAUUUAUGCUUGCAAAAAACGAUUUUGAUCUGGAAAAUAUUCGCAGUCGCCUGAUAAAGUGCAUCUGCGAACUUCAAUCAAGGCGUAAUGAGGUUACGUUACUGAAAUCCUCUCUGGACGAAUGCAGCCAGUCCCGGCACGGCUUGGAGCAGGAUGCGAAAAACUUCCAGCGAGAGGUUACCGAUCUGCGGGAUCAGCUCAAGAUUGCACUGGACGCGCUCAAUCAGAAGAAUUCCGUUCGGACCGGUGUUCUGGAGAAUGCAGCCCGACAGAACGUGCAACUGGAAGCGCUGACCAACGAUCACGAACGGUUGAAGGCCAAGUUUCAAACGAGUCAAACCAAAAUCAUGGAACUGACACGCGAAAAUAACAAACUACAGGGACAGCUAAAAGUGUUGCAAACAUCCCACAACCAGCCGGUUGAGAGUGUUGAUCGGAUCUGGAAGGCGAUGGACACUUUGAAUGGCCACUUGCAAAAGUUGGAAGCAGAGCACGUGCUGCUCACGCAAACUGCAGAGUCGUCAAAGAAGCUUGCCGAGGAAGCAGCUCUUGCAAUUACCAGUUCCAGAAACGAGUUGGUCGCAACACAGGAAAAGAACCGUACCCUCGAGCAGCAAGUGCUGGAAUUGAAAGCGAAAAUAAUCUCACUGCAGACAGUAGAGCAGAAGCCGUCCACAAAUGAAGAGGAAGUCAACGAAAAGUUCGAGAACCACCUAAAAACUCUCACCGACGAGCUUGAGAACGAACGCGAAUCCAACAGAAAGCUCAAAGCGGACAUCUCCAGUCUUCUGACAUUACAGGAUUGUCUCACUCGACAGCUAGAGGAAGCUGUCCAGCUGCGCGGAGACAUUGUUCGUCAGCAAACUCCCAAGAAAGACGCAGCCGAACAACCGGAACAAGGCCCUAACUAA